AGAGAGCCAGAGAGCUGGCAGGAGGACCAGACCUCUGCGAACUAACACCAAAACCAGCCGUGCUGCGUCUGACACUCGGAUCUGCUUCAUAGGCCAACUGUUAAAGACGCCAGAGGAAAAUCUCACUGGAUGUGCCGCACUUCCGCUCUAAAUCGCGGGUCCAGGGCCGGCCUGCUGCUGUAUGUUGGCCGUGUCUCCGGACAGCAGGCGACCAGCGCCGCGAGGAACUGAGCCGUUACCACGGCAACUGCGCACGAGACUGAAGAGGAGCACACGUUGUUGUGACUGGCGACCUGUCCAGAGUGUUCCAGCCUUCCGUCCACUGACUCCGGCUCCCCCGCGACCCAGAAGGAUAAGCGACUUAACUUUAUUCCGACGAAGCCCGCCUCCUGAGCUCCUAUUGGCUGGGAGUCUUGGCCGGCAUGUGAAGUACUAGCCAAUGCUGGCGCAAGAGGCGGGACGCUGCCAGCCAAUCCACGUCAAGUCCGGGGUUUAGUGAAUAAGCUCCUCCCCCUGACCGGACGCUGAGCAGAGCAACAAGUGGAGCGCAGAGCAGAUGAAGCCUGGUCUCUGAGCGGCUCCGUGCCUGUGGCUUUCUCCGCUCUACAGCGCGGACUGAGCCGGGUCUAAUGGACUAAUGACCGCCCCGACUGCUGGACAAUGACGCGCUCAUCUUAGUUCAAGGAGACAGUUAAUCAGUCACGGUUGAGCAAAUGCACCAAAUAUCCUGAGUUGAACUAAAAGGCCAGUGCGGGUCAGUUUUGGUUACAAGAACUGGGCAAUGGAUCAUUAUGUAAAGGUUGAAGAUGAUGACAGAACAAUUGGAUCAAAGUGAUGAGAUGGGUCUGCUGACCCCCCCGGAGAUCAGUGAGCACCAAAAAGAGGACGACCCCCACUGUCUCCCAAACUUCAGACAAGGCAUCAUGUUGCAGCUGAUAGAUGAUCUGUCAUAUGAAGAUGUGAAAAAAUGCUACCGGGGAUCAACCGUCAGCAAGUACAACUCUCAGUAUCACAAACUCUUCCAGAAUGUUCCUAAAGAGGAGAUCCUCAUGAAAGUGUACUCGUGUGCACUCCUGAGGGACAUCCUGCUGCAGGGACGACUCUACAUCUCUCGCAACUGGCUCUGCUUCUAUGCUAACCUGUUUGGCAAGGAUAUUAAGGUGGCCAUCCCUGUAGUCUCUGUUCGUCUUGUGAAGAAGCACAAAACCGCUGGACUGGUCCCUAAUGGGCUGGCUAUCACUAUAGACACCAAUCAGAAGUAUGUUUUUGUCUCACUCCUGUCUCGGGACAGUGUCUAUGACGUCCUCAGGCGAAUCUGCACCCAUCUGCAGGUGAAUGGUAAGAAGAGUCUGAGUCUGAAGCAGUAUCUGGAGGAGCCUGGCUCAUUGUCAACUGAUGAGUUUCCGGUGACCACUGAUUACCCCCCGGUGUUAAAAUGGCGCAGGAAGCCAUCUGUCCCUUCCGUCACUUCCUCUCUGCCUGAUCUUUUGGGGAACUCUACCAGCAGCCUCAGUGCAGGAGAGGCUCCUUUCACCAGCGAUGCCCCACUGGAAGAGAGGCGUCUGGAGGCUGAAAAGAUUCUGCUGACUGAGCCAGUGACUGAGCUAGGAAACACUGAGUACCAGCUACUCAAAUUCUUCAUCCUGCUUAUUAUACUGCUCAUUAUGUCAUCAUGUUACCUGGCCUUCCGCGUGUGCAGUCUGGAGCAACAGCUGUCCUUCCUAAAUACACAGCCCACCUUACCAGUGAGAGAGAGGUAACACAGGCUGAAAAACUGUGCUUCUGUUAUCCAUCCAUUAAUGGGUGUGAGGAAUUACCCAGGUGUCAUGUAUGGGAAAGAAAAUCUGCUCAUCCACUAUAGGAGCUGUAGUGAAGUAGCACUUAGCCAACGGACUGAUAGAGGGCACCAGAGAUUCCUACAAAAUCUGCACUACUGACUAGCUGCACAGAGGAAAAUAACAGGAAUGAACACUGUUGGGCAUGAAUUCUGUUGUACCGUUUUACUUUGGGGAGUCUUUGGGAACACCAUGACUAAAAGACUAAGAACACAUUAGGACAAUAGGACACAUUGUAUUUUCCUUUAAUAUUUCACACACCAAUCAUUUCUAGGCUUUGAAAUGCCACCAUGGUGCCAGUGCAUGUUUACUUUACUGGAGAAUUUACACAAGGAUCUUUGCUUGGGAAACUGUAUAGUGAAGGAAAACAUUUCAGAUAACAGCAUCAGUCACUCAUUUCACCCCAAACAAUGGAUUUGCCUUAAUCAUAUGAGAGUCAUUCUGUUUUUGUUUGACAGCCCCUUAGUGAUUAAUAUGGAUGAAGGGUUGAUGUAUUGUCAGUGAUGUGUCUUUUGAACGUCUUGUGAGAUUUGGAAUGUUUCUUGACGGCCGACUUGAAAUGAGUCGACUGUAGGAGCAGACAGAAUUACAGUGCGGUACCACUACAAAGACACAAAGCAUGAGGUGUCAAGAUUAAUGCCAAUCAUGCAAGUAAGUUAACAGCAAAAAGAGUUUGCCUCUCAUUGUAUGAUUGUGCCUAUUAACUUUGCUCUUGAUGUACUAAAUGUUGUCAUAGGAAAUGGUUACAUGUAGCAAUGUACUUGAAAUAUGCUCUUGCAUUUCAGGCAUGGUUAAACAUACAAACCCAGUUUUUAAAAAGUUGAUAGAAAACAGUAGAUAGAAAAACAGGAAGGCAUGAUUUGUAAACUGUCUUUUAUGAGUGUUGAAUUGAAAACAGCACAGAGAAGAGAUAUUUAAUAUCUCUUUCUCAUUGGUAUUUGUAAAUAUAUGCUAAUUCCAAGUUUGGUCCUUUUCACUGGUAAACAGGUGAAUAGGUAACAGCUGAUGCCAUCAUGAGCAUUCAUGAAAGGCUGACUAUAUGUGUGAGCAUAUAGUCCAACAGUUUACGACUGUUUCUCAAUGCAUGAUUGCAAGGAAUCUAGGAAUUUCACCAUCUGCGGUCCUUAAUAUUAUUAGAAGCUACAGAGAAUCUGGAGAAAUCUCGUGAAGAACAAGGUUUAAAAACCAUGGCCAUGACCUUUAUCGCUGCAUUAAAAACCAACAUGCUUCACCAAUGAAUAUAAUCACAUGGGUUCAGAAAUACUUCAGAAAACCCUUGUCAGUAAACACAGUUCAUCACUGCAGCUACAAAAGCAGUCCAGGCCUGUCUCCCAUUGAAAGCAUGUGGCACAUUAUGAAUCACAAUAUAUAACAAUGGUGUGGACCAUUAUAGGAGUAUUAUAUGAAGCAAGAACAAAACAAAUCCACUUUCACAGCUACAACAAUGGGUGUCCUCAGUUCCUAAACAGCUAAUGAACAUUGUUGAAAUGUUGUUAGUAACAUGUUACAGGCAACAAACGCAGGCAGUGUUUUUAUUUACACUUUUCCCACUGUCUCAGCUUUUUUGAAACUGGGUUUGUACUAGAGGUGUAGUAGAUAGAUGAAUGGAGAGAUGUACAGUGUGCGUUCAAGUGCACAUUCACUGUAUUUAUUUGUGUGAUAUUUUGUACAGAAACAGAAAUUUUAUCUCGAUGGAAAUGUAUGCUCACAGUUUACAGAAUAGAGUUUUUUUAACUGUCAGACACACGUUGUUUAGACAGCAAUGACUAAUAAACUGCUUAACUAGU